CUUGCUGUUUUUAUCAUUUCAAAUUUAUUAAGGACCAUUGGUGUCCGAUGAUUUGGAGUCGGCAUCAUAAAUAUUGAUCUUCUGCUUUUUCUGUACUCUGCAAUAUUUUCAAGAGGGGUUAUCAGCCUGAUAUUAUCACCUUUAAUACAAUUCUCAAAGGUCUCUGUCUUCAAGGUGAGGUUCAUAGAGCACUGUGCUUUCAUGAUGAGAUUGUAGCACGGGGGUUUCUGUUGGAUCAGGUUAGUUACGGGACCUUAAUCAACGGGUUAUGUAAAAUUGGACAUACAGGACCUGCACUGCAAUUGCUCAGACAGAUCCAGGGAAAAUUGGCUCAACCUGAUGUGGUAAUGUACAGCACAAUCAUUGAUAGUUUAUGUAAAGAUAAACUUGUAAAUGAUACCUACAAUUUAUACUCUGAAAUGCUUGCCAAAAGAAUUUCACCUGACCUUGUCACUUACACUAAUCUAAUUUAUGGUUUUUGCAUUGUGGGUCAAUUGCAAGAAGCAAUUGGUUUGUUAAAUGAAAUGGUAUUGAAAAGCAUCAAUCCAGAUGUUUGUACCUUUACUAUUUUAGUUGAUGCUUUAUGCAAGGAAGGAAAGGUGAAAGAAGCCAAAAACGUGUUAGCUGUGAUGAUCAAGAAAGGGGAAAAACCUGAUGUUGUUACUUAUAAUUCUUUGAUGGAUGGGUAUUGCUUAGUUAAGGAAGUACACAAGGCCAAAGAUAUAUUCAACACCAUGACCCAAAGGGAAGUGACUCCUGAUGUUCGGAGCUAUAAUGUCAUGAUUAACGGAUUCUGUAAGAUUAAAUUGGUGGAUGAUGCCUUGAAUCUCUUUAAGCAAAUGCAUUCCCAAAAGAUAGUUCCUGACAUCGUAGCUUACAACUCUCUUAUAGAUGGUUUGUGCAAAUCUGGGAGAAUUGAUGCUUGGGAGCUUGUUGAUGAGAUGCAUUGUAGAGGUCAACCACCUAAUGUAAUCACAUACACUUCUUUAUUGGAUGCUUUAUGCAAAAGCCAUCAUGUUGACAGGGCAAUUUCUUUGAUCAAGAAAAUGAAAGACCAGGGUAUUUAUCCAGAUGUCUUCACAUACAGUACACUUAUGGAUGGACUAUGCACGGGUGGAAGACUUAAGGACGCACAAGAGGUUUUUCAGGAUCUUUUAAUUAAAGGCUACAAUUUAGAUGUACGGACGUAUACAAUUAUGAUUAAUGGGCUUUGUAAAGGUGGCUUGUUUGAUGAAGCAUUGACAUUGAUGUCAAAAAUGGAAGACAACGGUUGCAUCCCUGAUGCUGUGACUUAUGAAAUAAUUAUUCGUGCUCUCUUUCAAAAAGGUGACAAUGAUAAGGCAGAGAAGCUUCUCCGGGAAAUGAUUGCCAAAGGUCUUUUGUAAGAGUAAAACUAGAUUCUCCCCUUUACAUUAGACAUGAUAUUCAAGUAAUGCAGAGAGUAAAAGGACAAGUGGAAAAUGGACAUAGUGCAUUGAGAACAGAAAGAGGAACAGAACCAUUGGACUGGGUCUGAGCGUACAACUUGACCUUCUGGUGAACGAAUCUGUCAUCCAUUGGUCACUGUGCCCUCAACUCCCUACAACUUUGAUAAUUUCUUGUUUGAUAAACGAGCAUUAUUAUCCAUUUUCAUGCUAUGCCUUAAGUUUGGUAUAUCUGUGAAAAUUUUAUGUUUUCUUAUUUGCGUUGUUGUCUGUGUCACUGUCUUUUGGUUUGCAAGGUUUACUUUACUUGAUUUGAUGAAAGUUUAAUGAUGUGCUCAAUGGAGAAGUGGUAGUCUGCUUACUGCUUACUGUCAUGUUUUCCCUCCUCCUCGUUGUCCCUUCUCAUGUUCUGUAUCUUGAUUAUUGUGUGAGAACACACACACACAAAAAACAUGAAAUACAGGAAUCUUUGCCUUCUCAUAACACACAUUUUGUGAGUAUCUCUAUCUCUUUGUUCUUUUGUUUUUCCUCUUCUAUUUACUCUCUAUUUUUUCCUCCCUUUCUCUUUCUUCCAGCUUUUGUUUUUCACUUCAGGUCACCAUCCUCUUUGUUUUUCACAGUUUCUGUUUUCCUCCUCAAAUCCAGACCUGUUGCAAACUGGCUAUUAACCUUUGUUUUCUUCCUCUUAAUCUUAAUGGGCUUAAUGCUAUAAACAGCAAUGAUCUUGCAGCAUCAAAACAACUAGAAUCUUCAAAGGUCGUCACAUUGAAGUACAACUUAUUAGGCAUGCCAGUGUAGCGCAGAUUGGAUGUUCUUUACCAUCAAAUCACCUCACUCUUUCAUGUUAGUAGGGGAUAAUACAGCUGGAGUGAGUAAAAGUAACAUGUAAGUAAUAUAAAUGAAGAAAAGAUAAUAACACUGAAUUAUAAUUAAAAUGUUUGAAAUUAAAGGGGUUGGAGAUUUGUAGUAACCCGAUUUAUUUUUUUAUGGGUGUGAGAUGCGUAAAAUAUUCACAAAUGUAAACUCCUUAAUGUACAACAAAAUCAUUGAUAGCUUGUGUAAAGAUAAACUUGUAGGUGAUGCCUAUGAUUUAUACUCAUAAAUGGUUGUCAAGAGAAUUUCACCUAAUGUUGUCACUUACACUACUCUAAUAUAUGGUUUUUGCAUUUUGGGACAAUUGAAAGAAGCAGUUAUUUUGUUGAAUGAAAUGGUAUUGAAUUUCACAAUGUUAUUGAUUAUAUACAUGUAUCUGAUUAUAUUAUAAUCUGUUCAAAAAUGUUUUAGGGAAAUGACAUCAUAACUUCCAUCAAACAUGGUUAUGUGUCUGAAAAUUUCGUUUAGAUGUUGUUGUUCGCAACUCAAAUGAUUUAGAGAAGCUCAUCCCAGUAGUUCAAGAAACAAAGCUUUUCAAGAAAAAAGCAUAUUUUCAUACAGGCUACUAAUUAUUACUCUUUGUUAUGUCAUUCUUUCUUUAGGGUCCUGACAAAUUUGCAUAUGCCUUUAAUUUCUUUCUUCAGAAUUCAGAACAGUGCAAAUAAAGGCAGAAUUUCUUGCUUUUCAUAAGAAUUCUGGUGUAGGUAACUGCUUAUUGGGUCAUAAAAGAAGGUUGAGACUUGAGAAGAUGGGGUUGAUGGGGUUGAUGAAAUUGAUUAAGAUGGCAUUAAAUUGAGUUAUUGAAUAGUGGAAGUAGUUUUCUGUGUUGGUUGUUUGUCAUACACUCAUACUUAAGAACUUUUGGACUGGAAUAAAGUAUGGAGUAUAUUAAUAGUCUGUGAAAUUUUUUCUUUAACAAUUCACACUGUGGUAGCUGAAGGAUUAGAGAAAAUCCAUGUUGAUCUACUAGGUAUAGCCUUCUCCCUCGCUAUUCACAGGUAUGUUCACCAAGAUACAUGCUUCUUUAUUUUCUGAAGUGUUUUAACUUUGUGUUUCCCUAGUAUAAAGAUGUGCUCUUUCUACUAUGUCAGCUUCAAUAUGGACCUCUGUUCUCAAUCACAGAUUGCAGCCCGCAAAUAAAUUGGGAUCCUGAUGGUUACAUAGAAUAGAACUUAAGGACCGCUUAAAUUGGAAGGCUCGAUUUAUAGUUAUCCAGCAGUUCUUGAGGCAGUGUUUGUUGGGAGUUUGAUGGUUACUGGGGAGAGAUACCUUGUGCAUUUGUAAAACUUAAGGAAUGGUAUAGUGCUACGACAGAGGAGAUAAUACAAUUCUGUCACAAGCUUUUGCCUCACUAUAUAGCUCCUGGAAUUGUGGUGUUUGCUGAUCGGCCAAAGACAUCGACUGGCAAGACACAGAAAUAUGUUAUGAGGGAGAAGGCAAAGGCCAUGGGAAGCUUGUCAAAGAAGAACACUAGGAGAUUGUAAAGUACAUUUAAUAAAGAAAAAAAUUGAAUUGUAGUCUUUAAUGUUAUGUACUUUCAUAUGGUAAUUAUCAUUUUCAUAUGCGUUA